AUGUACAAAACGGUGCGGAAAGGCGAUGCCAGUCUGCAGUACACGAUACUGCCGCAGAUGGAUCAGUUCACAUCUGGCGGAUUCCCGCAGACUUCCAAUAAGCCUCGGCUGCGGAUUAUCAAGUACACAAUGGCCACUAUAAUGGUACUGAUCAUAUUAUCCUGCGUGGCCACGCCGUUCCUGAUAAAUCAGAAUGAUCACAACCUUUUCGCCAGCACAAUACACGCGAUUAGCCGGGUAGAGCCGGUCAGGAACACGUCAAGAAAUCAAACGAAGAACAUCGGUGAAAGUAAAAGCAGAGGCAAGAUUUCCACGGUAUUGACAACUGAGGUCACAAGGAGAAAAGACCUUGAAAACGGCACGACCUCCUUCAAUGUAAUUCUCCGGGGUGAAGAAGAAGAGGAAGAGGCUAUGGCUAAUGAUGCCACUUUAGCAGACACACCGGAAAUUAGUACACAAGUGAUUUCGAGCAUGGAAACGUCGACGAGGGAUCAUCAAAUGGCAACGACUUCCGCUCUAUCGUCGGCGUCGACAACGGUCUCUUCGACAUCAUCGACGACAUCGAAAGUGUUUUCGAGCAGUACGACGGAGGGCACAAAGACGUCUAAAAAGUUGAAAAUGCCGAGAGUAGUCUUAAAGCUGCGAGAGAACGAAACCAUACCACAGAUGUACGUAAAGUCGGGCAUAGCCUCCUAUAAGAAGGACAACAUCGCCACCAACGUCCUCGCGAGUGAGCUGAGUCUCGAGGGCUUGGUAUUUAAAACGCCGGAAGGCACGAUAAAACCCUGGCACCAGAUAUGGCCCUUCAGCGAGCUUGAUCCCGACACCAAGUGGAAAUUGUUCAUCAUGAAACACGUAGCAACCAUAGCAAGUUAUGGACUCUUUGCAGGAAUUGGUUUAGUGGUGCUUGGUAUGCUCUGUGUACUUUUGUGCUCGAAUUGUGAUGCCUGUAAAGCGAGUAACCGUGCAGGAAAGAACAUUGAUCUAGAAUUCAAGGAGCACGAGUCGACUCUGUUGGGCCCGGAGAGUCAAGCAAUUGAAGAAAAGGAGUAA